AUGGCGCGGAAGAUGCUCAAGGACGGGGAGGCGCCCGCCGUCGCCGACGCCGACGGCGGCGGGGGCGAGGGGAGCUACGACUACGACCUCUUCGUCAUCGGCGCCGGCAGCGGCGGCGUCCGCGGCUCCCGCACCGCCGCGGGAUUCGGGGCCAAGGUCUGCGCGAUCUGCGAGCUCCCGUUCCACCCCAUCAGCUCCGAGUGGCUGGGAGGACACGGCGGAACGUGCGUCAUACGUGGCUGUGUCCCGAAGAAGAUUCUCGUCUACGGGGCAUCUUUCCGGGGGGAAUUCGAUGACGCCAAGCAAUUCGGGUGGGAGAUCAACGGGGACAUCAACUACAACUGGAAAAAGUUGCUGGAAAACAAGACUCAAGAAAUUGUGAGAUUAAACGGAGUGUACAAGAGAAUCCUUGGUGGUUCUGGCGUGACGAUGAUCGAAGGGGCAGGGAGUAUAGUUGAUGCUCAUACCGUUGAAGUCACCCAGCCAGAUGGUUCAAAGCAAAGGCACACGACCAAGCACAUAUUGAUUGCAACUGGUAGCCGGGCAACUCUGGUCGACAUUCCUGGAAAGGAGCUGGCUAUUACUUCAGAUGAGGCUUUAAGUUUGGAGGAGCUACCGAAACGUGCUGUGAUUCUUGGUGGCGGAUAUAUUGCUGUUGAAUUUGCUUCUAUCUGGAAGGGGUUGGGUGCUGAAGUAGAUCUAUUUUAUAGGAAAGAACUUCCUCUAAGGGGUUUUGAUGAUGAGAUGAGAACAGUUGUUGCAAGUAACCUUGAAGGAAGGGGAAUCCGAUUGCAUCCAGGGACAAAUUUGACCGAGUUGAGUAAAACAGCCGAUGGCAUUAAAGUUGUGACAGAUAAGGGGGAUGAGCUCAUUGCAGAUGUUGUUCUUUUUGCUACAGGUCGUGCGCCGAACUCCAAUAGGCUGAACCUGGAAGCUGUUGGUGUUGAGGUUGAUCAAAUAGGAGCCAUCAAGGUUGAUGAAUACUCCCGUACAUCAGUUCCAAGUAUAUGGGCUGUGGGUGAUGUAACAAAUCGGAUUAACCUAACACCUGUUGCUCUGAUGGAGGCUACUUGCUUCGCUAAAACUGUAUUUGGUGGCCAGACAGUUAAGCCUGAUUAUAAAGAUGUACCUUGUGCUGUUUUCUGCAUUCCACCGCUAUCUGUAGUCGGUCUCAGCGAACAAGAGGCUUUGGCGGAAGCCAAGAAUGAUCUUCUUGUUUACACAUCAAGUUUCAACCCAAUGAAGAACAGCAUAUCCAAACGCGUGGAGAAGUCUACCAUGAAACUGGUGGUUGAUGCUGAGACCGAUAAGGUUCUCGGAGCAGCCAUGUGUGGACCAGAUGCAGCUGAAAUUAUGCAGGGCAUUGCUGUUGCGCUCAAGGCUGGAGCUACCAAGGCGACCUUCGACAGCACCGUCGGCAUCCACCCUUCUGCGGCGGAGGAGUUUGUGACGAUGCGGACCUUGACCAGGCGCGUGAGCCCGCCAUCCAAGCCAAAGACGAACUUGUAA